CGACCGACCCCGACUACGAUAGCGACGGCCACGACACCUAGCAUUCCUUUCAAAUAAUGAGCUGGCUAGCCUCCUUGUUUGGCUCAAAGUCCAACAACAGACGCUCUCAGGCGCUCACUGCGACCCAAGAGGCCUUUUCUAUGCCUUCGCCCUCCUUUGGCCCGAGAGCAGACGGCUACCACGACACGCUCGGCACACCAGAGCCAGACUCCUCCGCAGCCUUCACUUACCCUCCUCAGUCCGGCCUAGGACACAAUCCGUAUGACUACGUACCGACGAGCGCGUCUCGCUCUCGACCGACUUCAUUGCUGCCCCUUCACCAUGCUCCCCUCUCCCCUCUUCCAUCAUAUCCUCCCCUAGAACAGACAUGGACCCGUCUAAAAGCAUGGCUUUUCAACGAAUAUCCCGAGCUCGGUGAUACCCUUAACUACGGUAUCCUCCCCCAGGACCUCGCCGAUAUCGAGAUGCAAUUCGGCUUCGCUCUUCCUCAGGCCGUCCGCGAAUCGUAUCUCAUUGUAGAUGGACAAGAGCCGGAGUCCUCCACCGGGUGCUCAGAGGGCCUCUUCUUCGGUCUGGUGUUACUUCCUCUCGAAGAGGUCUUGGAGGAGUGGAGGUUCUGGAGGGAGGUCGAUGAUGAUCCCAACAGUGGAGGCCAUUCGCAAUUACGCCAGGUUAUGCAAUCCAUCCCACCUAAUUGGAUCCGAAAGGAAUACUCGCAGCGCGGCUGGAUACCACUCAUCACUGACAAAGCCGGCAAUUACGUGGGUGUGGAUCUCAACCCAGGAGACGGUGGCUCUGUCGGCCAGGUCAUCGUUUUUGGACGUGAUUUCGACACCAAGGUCGUGCUUUGGCGUGGGGACGGGCAGGGAGGCUGGGCAAAGUGGUUAGCGAGCUUUGUUGAGGAUUUAGAAAAUGGAGAUGGUUUUGAGCUUGGUGGACAGAAUGAUACGGAGGGUAGUGAGGAUGACCUUGGUUAUGACAGCUAUUUCGGUGGGCGUGGUACCGGGGAUGGGAAUGGGGACACUGGGGGUACAGGCUUGAGGUUGACGGGCGAGUACCGGGGCUGGAAUGUCUUCGAGGCAUGGGCGGACAAGAGUCUCAAGAAAUGGCAGGAGUCAGGGGUCCUCUCGGCACCAUCGCCCAAAGACAAGGGCAAGGCACCGGAGAGGAAGUCCGUUUUCCUCGACUUUGCUAAAUCUACGGAUAGGUCAGGAGGAGCUGAAGUCGCCAUUCCCGUAUUCUCAAAUCAAGAGCCGCACGAAAAUGCACAACCCCCGCCCAAGUCAAUCCCUGCCCCCAUAGAGGUCGAACAACAUAGGCCUCGACAGUCCGUUCCCACUAUCUCCGUCACCAAGCCCCCGGCCCCUCUUCCUGUGGACCUCCCAACCGAAAGCGACAUCAUCCCCUCCCCAACCACCCCAGACUCCGGUGCUUCCUCACCUACCGACCUUGAGAGCGGAAGGCAACACAUGAUGCGCGAGAUUAACGAUAGACGUUUGGCAUCAUCGAAGGUCAACCCGCCAGUAGCUGCGCCGACGCCGUCCCAACCAACAAACGAAGCUGCGCUCAUCCCGCUUCCCGUGUCUCCUGAACCCGAAUCUCUCUCUUCGCGGUCGGUCGAACCAACACCCUCUCCAGCUGCAUCCGCGCCUCUUGCCGAUAUCACUGAUCUGCUUGCCGAUUCCGCUCCCCCUGCGCUUGAUGUCGCUGCCCCGAUAGAGCCUUCAACUUCACCUCUGUCUUCUUCGCCACCUGCCGCAUCGCCUCCGACUCUUUCUGACAAUGUGUCCGAACCUGCAGCCAUUCUAGAUGAGGAAGUUGAGAUACAGGAGGAGGAAACAGAACCUGAUACAACUGUUCGCUUGAUUGGUGGUGGUGGCACGGCUGGGGUUAUUGGCGUUGACCAAGAGUCUACGCUGGUAGACGAAGAGGACGACACGGUAGAACCAGAAGCUGAAGCUGGUGACGAGGAGCAUUCGGAGACGGCCUCCACCAAUGGUGAGUUUAAGAAGAAGCACGAGAAGAAGAAAAGCAGCCUAUCGUCUAGUCUGAAAAAGGUUGGUAAUCUGGGAGGAGCUGGCAAGCGAAGAAAGGACUCAAGUACUAGUGCAAAGGAUAUAACGGUCUAAUAUACACGCUCGUCACAUCAUCAUCUGGACCUUCUUUCUUUCUUCUUGUUUUCUACUUUUUUUUUCCCCUUUGCCUUGCCCCUCUUUUACCGCUACAGGACAUUUAUUUCCUUUGCUAGUCUCCUCUGCCUUCUCCUAUAAGUAUUUUUGCAUGUCUCCUUUCCGAGAGCACUUUACGCAGGCUAAUCUUCUCUCGCAUGUUCUCAUCACUCCCUACACUGUCGUCUCGUUCUCAAUGAUUUGAAUUCGUGUAUGGUAUACAUUCUUUUCUAUACCCGUAAUCUCAUUCCGUCGAUGGCCGGGCUAUUCGU